CGACUGCACCAUGAUUUCUGUACUUCGCCUGUCUGAGCACCUGACAUUUUAAUAUUUUAUCUGCGAUCGGCUAUCAUAACGGAUCGUAGCACAUUUCUACAUGGUUCCUGGUUAAUUUGUUGGAUUGAAAUAUGGGAUCAAUAGCACGGAGGCUCGAUAUGAAGAAAUUGGCGUACGUGACAGUCCCCCGAGUACCGGCGAUCACGGGUAAUACCAAGUUUGAUUCCAAAUUGAACGAUUUGACUGGUGGGCGGAUCGAGCGAUGGAUGAAAUCUUAUGAAGAAUUUCUUGGUCUGGAAGAAAUUAGAGCAGCACAGGGAAAAGUCACUGCGGCCCAGAAAGACUUUGAUGAUCGCAGAAAAAUGGUAAUGAAAUCAAGUGUUCAGCUUGAAAAUCUUCAGGCAGAACUUAAAACAAUUCGUGGGAGAUUAGAUAGGGUACCUCGAGAAGACAACAGAUACCUGACUCUAGCAACAGAAGAACACAAUUUACUUCAAAUAGAAAAACAGUUGAAAGACUGCCAUAAAAAAAGCAUAGAGGAGGAAAGAGAUUGUUUUGACUCGCUCUCAGCAGCUGUUCGAGAAAGUCAUGAUAAAGAACGGGCAAGGGCUGAACGUACAAAAUACUGGUCUAUUAUUGGUUCUGUGACGGGUACGGUUAUUGGAGUACUGGGAUCAUCGUUAAUCACAAGGUACAGAAUGAAAGAAAUUCGAACGUUACUCGAAGAAGCAAAAGAAACUGCACAAACUAAGCAAAUGACUGAUGCGGUCAGUGCUGCCGUGUCUUCAACACCCACCUCGAGUUCGGCAGAAAUUUCAAAUGAAGACCUGGAGAGGCUGGGAAAGCAGUUACAAGAAAUGCAGGGUUACACGGAAGAGCUGAGAUCAGUUGUGUCUCGUAAUGAUUUCGGCAAACUCUCUCUUGCUGUUGAAGGAAUUACUAAGAAACAGGAAGAAGGAUUUGGCAAUAUGGAGAAUAAUUUAGAAAAAUUGUUUGCUGGUCAGGAAAAGAACUUGUCAGAUGAAUUGAAGGGAAUUAAGAAUCUUCUCUCCAAACCAGUAGUGGACAUAACGGGAUCUGGCACUGUUAGAUCCAACGUUAUGCAGGAUUUAUUGGAUGAUACUGAACAGAAAUUAGAGUGGCAAAUGAAAAUGAGUACUUUAUCCACAGUUGUAUUCAUAUAUGGUGCUUUUGCGCUUACUUUACCAAUUCUUUACAGUAUCUUCAAAUGA